AUGUCCCCAAUCAAAGCACUGGUCCUAGACUUCGCGGGAGUUCUAUGCUCAUGGACCCCGCCAGCUCAAAGCCCGCUCUCCCCAGCACAACUCAAACAAAUCAUGUCCUCCGAGAUAUGGUUCGAAUACGAGCGCGGAAGAUACUCCGAAGACCAAUGUUAUGCGAAGCUAGUCGAACGGUUCUCCAUUAGCGCUGCGGAUAUGGCUUCCACCAUGGAACAGGCUCGGCAAAGCCUAGAGAUGAACCACGCCGCGCUUCAGCUUGUCAGCGAGACAAGGAGGCGAAACCCGGGGCUCAAAGUGUAUGGCAUGACGAACACGCCUCGCGCGGAGCAGGAAUGCAUUAGUCGCAUCGUGGACAGCUAUCCAGUCUUCGACCAUGUAUAUCUUUCCGGGGUUGUCGGGAUGCGCAAACCAGAUCUUGGAUUCUAUCGGGUCGUUCUCGCGGAGACGAGACUAAAGCCUGACGAGGUUGUGUUCGUGGACGACAAAGCAGAGAAUGUGCUGGUCGCGCAAUCUGUGGGGAUGCACGGCGUUGUGUUCGAAAACGUCACCGAAUUCAAGCAACGAAUCCGGAAUCUGGUGGGAGACCCUGUCUCUCGAGGCUUGGAGUAUCUCAGGUUAAAUGCAAAGAGCCUGCUCACCGUGACUAGCGAUACCUCAGUGAUUCACGAGAACUUUGCGCAGUUGUUGAUUCUGGAGCUGACGGGCGACCGAGACCUGAUUGAACUCGAGCCUUGGGAUCGAACAUGGAACUAUUUCAUCGGGAUUCCUCAGUCGCCGACGAGCACUUUCCCCAACGAUCUGGACACCACCUCUAUUGCGCUCUCGGUUCUUCCAAUCCAUAAGAACGUCGUCACCGAUGUGAUGGAUGAGAUUCUGCUUCUCUUGGACAAUGAUGGGAUAGUCCCGACAUAUUUCGAUCCCACCCGCCCUCGAGUCGACCCCGUCGUGUGUGUUAAUGUACUCAGCCUGUUUGCCCAGAACGGCCGGGAAUCCGAGUUAAUCGCCACCUUCAACUGGGUGCUGGACGUGCUGCAACAUAGAGCCUACCUGCAGGGCACCAGGUACUAUAUCAGUCCGGACGCCUUCUUGUACUUCCUAGCCCGCCUCUCGGCUUUCCUGAGGAUGAGUCCACUCCGCGCUCGGCUUGUGCCUCUGCUGGGAGAAAGAUUACAGGAGCGAAUUGGUGCCGCUGGCGACGCUAUUUCGCUAGCCAUGCGGGUCUAUGCGUGCAAGCUGCUCGGGAUGUCGAAUCUGCUCGAUGAAAGAGCAUUGCGGGACAUGCAGUGUGAGGAUGGUGGCUUCCCUACAGGUUGGGUCUAUAGAUUCGGAUCGACUGGGGUGAAGAUUGGGAACAGAGGGUUGACUACUGCGCUUGCAAUAAAGGCCAUCGAGAUGCCUCUCAUUCGGCGGGAUGUCGAGAGUGAUGAGGAAGGCCGGCCGCAAUGGUGGUUCUGGGGUGGCGUAGAAUUGUUGAACUCUUACAAGCUUUGGAAGUCAUAG